GUUUCAGCUUUCAACUUGGGAUUAAUACUAACGCUGCUAACUACUCAAACAAUGGCUGAAGUGGACGUUUGUACAAAAGAAAACGAAGAAAUUGACAUCAAUGGAGAAGGACGAGGAGUAAAACGCCAUCUCUCAUCGUCAGAAGUGGAUGCGGCUAAGAAGUUGAAGGUCGAUGGCGACGAAGUUAUUACCUUGGACGACAAUGAAUCUAGCCCUUCGAAAAGCUCAGGCCGUAACACACCCUCAAAAACUGCUUCAGCCGGUGGUGUAACCUCGGCGAAGAAAGGAACACCUAAGAUGAGCAAAGAAGAACGUGAGGCAGAGAAAGCUCGCAGGGCGUUACAAAAGAAGCUGAAAGAGGAGGAAAGGGAACGAGCGAGGGCUGAAAAGGAAAGAAUUGCUGAAGAGAAACGUUUGGAGAAGGAGCGUAGGGAGAAAGAACGCGAAGAAAAGCGCAAAGAAGAAGAGCGAAAGAAGGAAGAGCGUCGUAAAGAAGAAGAAGAAAGAAAAGAGCGAAAACGAAAAGAAGAGGAAGAAAAACAACGAAAAAAGGAAGAGUUGGCUCAGAAGAAACGUGAAGAGGAGGAGAAAAAGGAGGCUAAGCGACGUGAAGAAGAAGAACGACGAGAAGCGAAACGUCGGGAAGAAGAGGCUCUUGAGGAGAAGAAACGUCGUGAAUCUGCCCUAUUCAUGAAGUUCUUCAGUAAAGUCGAGAAAAAGAAGCCAGAAUUAGUUGCUCAAGCCGAUGAGGAGUUGUGGUACAUGCCAUUCGAGAUCAAAGAGGGCAUGACCCUUGCGCCAUUACAACGACGACCAGUUCUGAAGUUGGAAGAUAACAUCCUUGAGCAGCAUCUUGAGAUUUCACAAACGUCAUAUCUAUCAUCACUGUCGAUCAAUCCCAAGAAACUGGUUGGAGCUCCACCGAACCCCAUGCGUGCAAAGCUGUACCAAUUUCACGACAAUUAUCGCCCACCUUACUAUGGCACAUGGCGUACUCGUAGCAAAGUCAUUACUGGUAGACGUCCGUUCUCAAGCGUUGAGGAGAAAAUUGACUAUGAAGUGGACUCAGAUGCGGAAUGGGAGGAAGAACCGUCUGAUGCCGAUGAAUGCAAGUCGGAUGAAGAGGACGAUACCGGCGGUGAUUCAGACGUGGAUUCGGAUCACGAAGCGUUCUUUGUGGAGCCCGGCUACCUCUCGGACGGCGAGGGUGACGAAGCGGAGGAGGACGUCGACGAGUGCAACAUCGGCGGCCAUGUCGGCGACGAUGAAGAGAUCGGCAUGCAUCACGACGACCCGCGAGACGCAGAGGAUCGACGCGAACGGCUGGCGGCACGAGCACGCGAAUGGAAGAGUCGCGUGCUGGGCCGCAAGCAGCCAACCGUACUGGUGCCGCGUUGCGUGGGCCCGACCUACUGCGCUGCCGCCUCGGCCGCGUCGCAGCCGCUCGCCGCGCUCACCGUCGUGCUGUUCUGA